UUUUGGUUUGAUAGUUUCAUAGGAGAGAACCAAGAUUGGCAAAAAGGUGAGAUCAGAGAUCAAAGUAAAGAAAGAAAAGAUCGAAGAGAAUCAAUGGCUCUUUCUACCAAUUGUUGCCUUCAUCUUUCCUCUCCACCACCUACUUCUAACUCGGUAUCCCCUCCUCCCAAAACUGCACCAAUGGUUAGGCAACAAGAAGGCAGGCCAUGGCAGAAUCAAUUGGUAAUAGGGAUGGCAAGUGUUAUACUCGGACAAGAAAUCGGCGGCGCAAUAGUAGUAGGUGACCAAGAAAUUGCCCUCGCCGCCGGAGAAACGGCGCAACAAUUAGCCGGAAAACCAAGAAAAAACGUCCAAAUUAGGUGGAGCGAGAAGAGAUCAUGCCCGCCGUGGCAGGCGAAUUCGCUGGAGACGAUCGUGCCGGAGAACCUCCCGAGGCCGUCGAGCAGCCGGAGAUGGGAGAUCGUCGGUUACUCUUCGCAACCGGCGCCGUCGGUAAAAUAUGUUAGCAAAAUUAAGCAGUGUUUUUCUUUAUAAAUUGAUAAAAAUUAUUUUAGAACAUGUAAUUAAUGUAUGAAUGAUUGAUUAUUAAUGAUUAUGACUUCCGAAAGCUUUUAUGUUUU